AUGGCUUAUUUUGAAGCUGAGAUAAAUAAAUCUCAGGUCACUUCUGAUAUGACAAGGUAUUUCAAUGAAUUUCGUUCACAAAGUAUGAGUUGCGAAGAAAAAUAUGAGAAAUUAAUGAGAUUCAAGAUGGAAAAAUUGAUACUCUCAAUUAAAGAAGAAUAUCUUUAUGAAGAGAUGUCUUUUGAAUUUGAUCGUACGCUAAGAGUAUAA